CGCUAUCAUGGCAAACACAAGGACCAUGGCUGCAGCAGUCCUGCGCAACUCGGCUCGCCCUCUCGUCGCCUCGCCCCGUCUCUUCACACCCGCCUCUACCUCGCUCUUCUCGACAUCGACCGCCCGCCUCGCCUCUGGCUCCGGUGCUCCUGCCCAGGGCUACCGCAUGCCUGCCCCUGCACGAUGGGACCAACAGAAGGAGAGCACCGCCGAUAGACUUGGCAACUACUUCCUGCUUACCGAGAUGAUGCGCGGCAUGUACGUCGUACUCGAGCAGUUCUUCAGACCUCCACAUAUCCCUGUCCAAUUGUUGACAUCGAUUCAAGUNUACACCAUCUACUAUCCCUUCGAGAAGGGUCCCAUCAGUCCUCGUUUCCGUGGCGAGCACGCCCUCCGCCGCUACCCCACUGGUGAAGAGCGAUGCAUUGCCUGCAAGCUGUGCGAGGCCAUUUGCCCCGCCCAGGCCAUUACCAUCGAGGCCGAGGAGCGUGAGGACGGAAGCAGAAGAACUACUCGCUACGAUAUCGACAUGACAAAGUGCAUCUACUGCGGUUUCUGCCAGGAGUCCUGCCCCGUUGACGCCAUUGUCGAAUCACCAAACGCCGAAUACGCUACCGAGAGUAUGUCUUCCUAUCAAAUAACCGCCAAGAGUGUUUCACUAACUGAAUGUAGCNNCCGCGAGGAGCUGCUUUACAACAAGGAGAAGCUUUUGAUGAACGGUGACAAGUGGGAGCCCGAACUGGCUGCUGUUGCCAGAGCUGAUGCCCCUUACCGA